UGUGCCGUCACGCCACGACCGCGACGCCUACCUCUCCCCUCCACCUCCGUCGCCGCCGCCUGAGCCGGCCUCGUGCUCGCAAUCGGACGACGACUCCAUCCACCAGACCACCAGGCAGAGGCAGCACACCAACCGAUCUCCCCGCGCCCGCGGCGAAAUAAAAUCCCCGACCCCGACGCGCCACCCGCAAAUCUCGCAGCCUCCCCUCCCGUCUCCCGCCGCCGCACGCUCGCUCGCUCGCGCGCCGCCGCCCCGCCCGAUCCGAUGGCUCUCGCGGCCGCCGCGGGGCCCUCGCCUCGCCGGCGGUUCGCCGCGGCCGUCGUCGCGCUCGCGCUCGCACUGGUCCUAGCGCCGGCGGCCGCGAGGCCCGACAAGGAGAUGCGGGAGAAGUUCUACGGGACGCUCGUCACCAACGGCACGCACAACGCCACCGGGGAUGGCAGCAUCGCCGAGAUGUUCGGCCGCGUGCUCGACAAGGAGUUCGCGGACAGCGACACGCCCGACGCUCCUGACAAGAGUAGCUUCAACAACAGUGUAUCAGAUCAUCAAGCUGUUUUGGAGACAGUAGCUGUCAUUACACAUGACAAGAAGAAGAAUGAUUCACAGCACACAAAUUCCCCAAAGCCUUUCCAAAUAGGUGACAUGUUUGGAGGUCAGGAUGAGACCUCUGAUGACUUGGAAACUGUGAUAGAUAAAGAGGAUAAUGUUUUUGUGAUGUCAAAUCGUAAAACAAAGUAUCCAACACUUCAAUUAGAUUUAAGAUUGAUUAAAGAUCUGGUGGUUAUAAUUGUUUCAGCUACUGGUGGUGGUAUCAUAUUCUCUUGUUUGGGGCAGCCGGUUAUUGUUGGCUACCUACUUGCUGGUUCUCUAGUUGGACCUGGGGGUUUGAACUUUAUCAGUGAAAUGGUGCAGGUGGAAACUUUUGCUCAGUUUGGUGUAGUGUUUCUUCUUUUUGCUCUUGGUCUCGAGUUUUCACUGACUAAGUUGAAAGUGGUUGGUCCUGUUGCUGUACUUGGUGGUCUACUUCAGAUUGCACUGUUCAUGUUCUUGUGUGGCCUCACUGCAGCGUUGUGUGGUGCUAAAUCAUCCGAAGGGGUGUUCGUUGGUGCCUUCUUGUCUAUGUCGUCUACUGCAGUGGUUUCCAAGUUUUUAAUAGAAAAAGGCAGUACAAACACGCUUCAUGGCCAAGUAACAAUUGGAACGCUUAUACUUCAGGAUUGUGCAGUUGGCCUGCUAUUUGCUCUCCUUCCUGUUCUUGGAGGUGCUAGUGGCAUUUUUGGAGGAGUGAUGUCAAUGGCGAAAUUGUUGCUUGUGCUCUCCGUAUUUGUAGCUGUUACAUAUAUGAUGACAUGGUCAAUUGUUCCUAGAUUCUUAAAAUUGAUGAUUCAGUUAUCUUCACAGACAAAUGAACUCUACCAGUUGGCCUCCGUCGCUUUCUGCUUGCUGCUAGCCUGGUGCAGUGAUUAUUUCGGAUUGAGUCUUGAAUUGGGGUCAUUUCUUGCUGGUGUUAUGAUAUCUACCACAGAUUUUGCUCAUCAUACUUUGGAGCAGGUGGAAGCCAUUCGCAAUUUAUUUGCAGCACUCUUCCUUGCAAGCAUUGGAAUGCUCAUACAUGUUAAGUUCUUGUGGAAUCAUGUUGACAUAUUACUUGCAGCUGUUAUACUGGUUAUAAUAGUAAAGAGUAUAGUCGUAACUGUUGUCGUAAAGGCAUUUGGAUACAGCAUCAGAACAGCUUUUGUUGUUGGGCUAUCCUUAGCUCAGAUAGGAGAGUUUGCUUUUGUGCUUUUGAGCCGCGCCUCCCAUCUGCAUCUUGUUGGGGGGAAAAUGUAUCUGCUAUUACUGGGAACAACUGCCCUUAGCUUGGUAACAACUCCUCUCAUUUUCAAACUAAUUCCUGUGGUAAUGCACCUUGGCAUCCUUAUGCGUUGGUUCCCCAUGGAAAACAGCAUGCAAAAUGAGGAGAAAGCCGCCAUGCUUGAAGCCCACAACAGAUCGCUCUAACAUUUUGCUUAGAUACAACAUUCUUUCAACUGACGGUGAUUUAUUUGUGUGCUGACUCUUUGCACAUGCCGUGGUUGCAUAGGAGAAUCAACUACACAAGUCCCCUUUUGCGGGAACACGAAGCGAUGGCCAAAAUUAACAGCUCAGCCAGCCACGGAGCCUAGCAUUCAUUUGAUUGAAAUUUUGAGGUGUACAUACUGUAUAUGUUCAAGGUAGCAUACACGAGGGUUUGUCCAUAGAUAAGGCGCUGAUGGGCCUUGGUUUUGUAUAUCGUUCUUGCCAACUCAAAUUAGGGAGGUAGAAUAGGGAUUUUGGUGCCUUGUGCUCAAAUGUACCACUAUUUUAUUGUCAGAAGAUGAUGGCAAAGCUGUAUUUUGUAGUGUGAAUUUGCUCUGUUGUUGUCAAUUUUCAUGUCAUCGACACAUGAACACAUGCAUCCAUCCGGUUGAUCAUAACAGAGUUUAGUUCCUGUCA